CGCAGUGCGAGCCGGCCCUGUGAGGCGAUUCCGAGGAGCGGCCGGGCCGUCGUCGUUGUCGUCGUCGUCGUCCCCGUCCCGCGAGCGGCCCAGGCAGCCCGGCAGGCGGCAGAAGGGCGGCAGCGGCGUCGCCGCCGGUGUUCCCGGCGCUCCCGGUCAGGCCGGCAGCCAUGGAGGCGAAGUCGUCGUCGUCCUCGUCCUCCGGCAGGCCCGUGAAAAGCAUCCUGAAGAACCGCUCGGGCAGCGGCGGCCGCAGCGGAGGGCCCGGACUGGUGGCCUCGGGCGCCCUCACGCAGCCGCAGCAGCAGCAGCCGCCGCCGCCGCCGCCUCCUCCGCCGCAACUGCAGGCGGCCUCGCUGGCCCAGCCCGGCUCCGAGGGCCCCAUGGACGAGCGUAAGAAGUCUCAGAAGUGGGAUGAAAUGAACAUCUUAGCUACGUACCAUCCAGUGGGCAAAGACUAUGGUUUAAUGAAGAUCGAUGAGCCAAGUACUCCCUACCAUGUUAUGGUAGGAGAAGAUGAAGAUGCAGGCAGUGACACAGAAGCAAAUGAAGCCCCUUCUGCAGAUGUGUUGGCUAAAAAAUUAGAAGCCGCAGCAGAUGGCAAGGGGCCAAAGAUCCUCUCACAUCAAGAAGAGAGCAGUGAUGAAGAAGAUGAGGAAGAGGCAGAGUUAUCUGCUGAAGAUCUUGAGAAAAAGAAGCAGUUUGAAAUGAAGAGAAAAAUGCAUUACAAUGAAGCACAGAACAUCAAACUUGCCAGACAACUGAUUGCGAAGGAACUGCGUGGUGACGUGGAAGAGGAGGAAGAGGAUGAUGAUGAUGAUGAAGAGAUGCGGGACACAACAGACUCACGACGAAUGAAGCCACCCCCUGUACCCGCUCCUAGCGACCCGCUUGAGAACAUUUCACACAGCCUAGAAGAAGUCUGCUCAGGACUGUAACUGCUCCUAAAGCCACACUUUUGUAUUCACUGCGUCACGCUUCCGCAGUUGUGGCUCAGGUGCUGUGGUGGAGCAGGUCAGCAUUGCCAGGAAUAGUGGCACCCGUCGAGGCUUUGCUGUUAGUCUUUGGAAACUUUACUGAGCUGGUCUGGUCUUGUGCCCACUAGUCACAGAAGACGGCUUCAUUCCUAACCUGCAGAACAACACAGUGCAGUGCGAUGCUGGUUACCUAGGCACAUCCAUAUUGCUCUUCUCUUUUUGGAUUUGAAACCUGCAAAAUGUGCUGGUUUCUCUGCUUUCUGUCCUAUUUUGGCACCACUCUGUAGGACUUAAAUGGCCAUGUGCGGCAUAGAAGGGCUUUGGUAUUCAUGUGCCAAAUUGUAUUGCUCUGGGGUAUUGGGCUAAUUGGUAACUGGCAAAAAGGGAUUGAUUGAUUGAUUGAUUAAUUGACUAGAUCUCCUUUCUUUUCUCCUGUUAUAAAAUCUAUCAGCAUGACACAGUUCUCUCUUCAGCUUUCGAGGGAGCACAGCUCCAUUAAACAAGAAAAUUGUUGUUGUUUUGCAUUCUGCCACUGUAUCCUAGAUCCUCCCAGCUGGUGUGAUUGGGAUGUUCUGGGCUGUUGUGUUUGGGAAAUGAUGAGCCAACCUCAACGUGCUGUGCAGCUUAAUCCAUCUCUCCUGUUUUUGGUGGCUUUGGGCUUGGAAUGUUUUUUUUUGGUAGCUCUUCUUUUUUUUCAUCAUGUUUUCCAUCAAGCUGAGUGCCGUCCUUUGUUCUUGCCACCCUUCCACACUCUUGAGCACUGCCCAGAAAUAAGCCAGCUCUGAAACUCCUUGCUGGAAGAGUGCUGCCUCUGAGAAACCCAAACAUCUGCUUAGUCCUCUUCUGUUGGCCUCUUCUCUGCAGGGUGGCCUAGCAGAGUCCACUGGGCUAUGUGACUAUACUGCCUUUGGGAGGAGCUCUUGACUUAUUAAUGUUGACCUACAUUUGAGAAAUUGACCCACUCUAUAUGACUCUAUGCAUCUAUUUUAAGGCGACUUCUUGUCCACUGUGUCUUGAGUAAUACAGUGAGUUAUUUUAUUGUUAUAUUGGAACUGGGAGGGGGGGCUUUCUUGCAGGUGUUUGUAACUUAGAAAAGAGGAGGAACAAUGUGUCCCGUCAUUGAGCAUUGAUGAAACGAUGUGACGGGUUGUAGCCAGCUGAUUUUCCCUCCCCACAAAAUGUCCAGGCUGCACUGCAUUACAGGUCAGCUUUGCCCUGACUUCCUGGGUUUCCUUUUGCAUUGUUUGUGUCUCAUUAUGACAUUUAAGUAAAAGAGAAGAUUGUCUUCCUUGCUGAGUCCAUUUUCCCAUGAGAAGAUCGUGUAAAUAGUUCAUCCUUUCUAGGAUGAAGCUUGAUUCUGUUAACAAGACAUAAUCCUGAUAUGGGGAAAUUGACCCGGCUCUCAGAAGAAGUGAGCUAUACAGCCGGGAAACCCUGUUGGGCCACCAGUGUUGGCCGCCUCCUGUGCCGCUGUCCUGUUUGGAUUGUUUAGGCUGUGAGCCCUCUGGGCAGGGAUGACCUUGUGUUCUGUACAGCACUGAGAUCACUGGCACUGAAUAAAUAAAUGAGGGCAACAUUAAAGAGUUGGCUGGUGCCUUCCGGCCAUCUUGA